AUGCCCACCCACCGCACCACCCAAAUUGAGAUCACCCACCCAAAUCCUCUCUCCUACAGUCCUACUUCUUUUCCUCACCAAAUCUCUACCUGCGAACUCUGUACACGCAAAUUUCACCCAUACAACAACUUCUCUGGUACUGAUCAACCACCUCAAGUUACAACUUGA